UUGGACCAACACCUAUACACUUCUCCGCUCCCACAUGUGGCAAACCCCCCAUUGUCUCAGAAUCCAAUGCACGCUUUCUUCAUACCUGACGAUAUCAGACGUAUGGUUCAAGCUCGUCAAACUGCAACGUACGCCAGACCUCCCCAGGAGAUCUCCCUCAAAUUACCGGAUGAAGUUUCCUCCUAUCAUAAUCUGAUUCCUAUCGGUCUGGCGAUGCCUCCGCGUAGUCAGGUGUAUGGAUAUCCCUCACCGAUAUACAAAGCGAUCAGCUCGGUCGAUGGGAACGUUUAUGCUCUGAGACGCAUCGCGGGAUAUAAAGUGACGAGUGAACAGGCAUUCUCCACUGUGGAGAGAUGGCAGAGGUUAAGGCAUCCUAAUGUUGUUUGUUUGAGAGAAGCAUUCACUACCAAGGUCUUUGAUGACGAUUCUCUCAUAAUGGUCUACGAUUAUCAUCCCGAGUCGAACACCAUGUACGACGAACAUCUAGCAUCCGACAUGACUAAUCGAUUCAUCCCUAUCUUCCCUCGUCGACGUACUGGUAUGUCCAUCCCCGAACGACUCCUCUGGAGCUACAUCACCCAAAUCGCCAACGCUCUGAAAGCGAUACAUGUCAGCAACUUAGCGGCGAGGGUGUUGGACCCAAGCAAGAUCUUGAUCACCGGGAAGAACAGGAUUAGGCUCAACGCUUGUGGUGUGGUGGACGUGAUCGGUCAAGAUCAGGGGGUGUCGUUGGCACAACAACAGGAAGAAGACCUUGUAAUGUUUGGCAUGCUCAUCUUGACUCUAACCUGUGAAUUCUUCUCUCCCGGAGUACCUCUUGCUGCACCCUUGGACUGGAUCGCGAGACACUACACUGCAGAUUUCAAGCUUUUCAUCAGCGCUCUGGUCAACAGACAGCUACGGCACAUCGACGAAGUUAUCCGAGAAAUCGGGCCCAGAAUCUUGAAUGAGCUCGAUGCCAGUUUCCGAUACAAUGAUCAGCUCGAGAGUGAUCUCGGUGGGGAGGUGGAGAAUGGUCGUUUGGUUAGAUUGAUGACUAAGCUGUCGUUCGUCAAUGAGCGGAAAGAAUUCGAACGAGAUCCAAGAUGGUCCGAAACGGGUGAUCGAUAUAUUCUCAAGUUGUUUAGAGACCACGUCUUUCAUUCUACCGGUACAGAUGGAACACCGGUAUUGGACUUAUCUCAUGUUUUGACAUGUCUGAACAAGCUCGACGCUGGGACAGAAGAACGAGUCAUGCUUGUAUCACGAGACGAACAAUCUUGUCUGGUCGUUUCAUAUCGUGAACUCAAAGCUUGUGUCGAAGGGACCUAUAACGAACUUCGACUGGCUUCUUCGAUCAUUUCCAACCCCACUCUAGUGUCCAAUACACCUCUUCGACGAUAAAACCUCCAUCAUGGGUGUAAAAUUCUCAAUUUGAGACAUAUCAGAUCUAGAGUUAGAAAUUUCGUUUCAAAAGAAUUUGUGCGAUGCUGUGCAAUACGAUUUGUCCGAGGUACUAGGUGAUACAAGUGGUGUCAAAGCAGUUGUCUUGUUUUGCAAGGAUCGUUUUGGUACUGAAAAGGUGGAUAGACUAGGGAUCAGGGGAUGAAAUGAGUGAGGAGGACAGGUGGGGGAAUUAGAAAACAAGAAAACACCAAAAACAUUGAGAAAAAGCCUUUUGACUCCACAACGAUGCAUGCAUCAAUACUUUCU